ACAGCUGUUCCUAGAUGUCCUGGCAGUAGACCUGUCUCCACAUUUCUUUGGCCAGAUCCCCAGGCUCAGCCCACCCUGGGGGAGGAGGGUGUGCACAUUGCACUGCCUGGAGCAGGAGAGGUGUCUUCUGAGCUGCUGCUGGGGCUCUGGGCCCUACCUGCCCAUCCUGAUGCCCCCACACCUGGGCAGGGCUGUUUGUCCUGCCCACCCCGAGGCCACUGUAUCUAUAGUGUUGGUGCCAUGAUUGGCACCAGAUACAGAGGAACCCAGGGUAGACCACAUUCUGUGGUCAAACGUGCUGCUUUGGCUACGUGUAGGUGGGGAGUCAACUGUGCAUUUGGGCUGGGCUUGCUUUUAUUGCUUUACUGCAGGUACAGUAAAAAUAGCUUUUCUAGCACUGGGAAAAAGUACUGACACUCUCGACUUAGGAAGGAGUUUAUUUUAGUUUGUGGUCUCAGAGGGUGGUUCAGCCCAUGGUCAGCUGGCUCCAGGACAGAAACAGCCCAGCAGAGGAAAGCUGCUGACUCCCCAUGCCCAGGGCGCAGAGAGGGCAGGAGAGCCUGAGCCGGAUCCAUCCUCCCCCGGACAGCUUGGUUACCUCACUCAUCUAGAGAUGAGCCUGGUGAUGUGCACAGCACCCGGGAGCCCCAGCCCCCUUCCCAAAGCCCUCUGGGGUGCUUUAAGCUGAGCCUCCAUGGGCAGUGCAUGUGGAUGUGCCAGGUGCCGCGGCCAGCGCGGGGAAGGAGUCAGGCGAGAGACUGAAGACACAGGGAGACCAGUUGCUCAGGAGGCAAAAGGCGAUUUAUUGAAAGACUACAGAGUUUUUAUGUUUCAAAACAAAGAGCAGUACAAGUCACUUCAGGACACUUUCUUGUGCACACAGCAAAGGUAAACAUGCUCCUGGGCCCGUGAGAAACUUCUAUGUUGUGCAGCCCAGGAGGUAAACAUGUUCUUGGGCCCAUGAGAAACUUCUAUUGUUUAUGUUAUGAAGCUUUUCCCAGGUUAAUAUCAGCGCGAUGCUUUGUCUAGAAGGCUGAGGUCACUGUAGGAUGAGGAACUGAUUGAGGUCCAGCUUCAGUGUGUGGUUUCCCACACCCGUUCACUGCCGGACCCCUGGCUCCUGCUCCCAACAUGGAUGCUUUGCACAACUGAUCCUCUGAGGUCAGUGAAGCUGUGGCUAGGACUCCAGAGUGCAGGCAAGCUCAGGUCCUUCACCUUCAAACCACUGGGCAGGUUCCAGACUUCGGCUCCAUAGAGCUGAGGCUGGGAAGGCAUGUGCGUGCUGCUGGUGGGGGCCUGGGCACUGACAGCCGUGACAGAGGGACACUGGGGUGGCUACUGUGUUGGAGCAUGUGAGGAACCGGGACAGUGGUGCUGGUGUACGUGACCCUUGUAUCCAACCCACGGUAUCCGACCAACUUAGACAUGGUAGACGACACAUUCCUCCCAACCUGCUGGCCAAGCUCUGGGCCCUGGCUCAGGCCUGCAGCCCUGACCAGCACCUGCUUCUCAUCUACACUCAACCUGCAUGAAAGAAGGGAAGUUGGGUCUCAAACUAUCACACUGCGUGCAGGGCUGGGCAGCCUGGGCAGGAGAAAGCAAGAGACACUCCUCCACUUAAAAGUCUAACAAAGGUCAGUUAUCCAAAGCAGGUGUGGUGGUACGCGCCUAUAAUCCCAGCACUUGGGAGGCUGAGGCAGGAGGAUCGUUGCUAAUUCGAGACCAGCCUGGGUUGUAAAGUGAGCUCAAAGCCAGCCUGAAAUGCACGGCAAGAUUGUGUCUCAAAAAGACCAAAAAAAAAAAAAAAAAAAAAAAGCAUUUAUCCAGUUGAUAUAGGGAAAUGAAACAUCUAACCUACCAUGUCUGCGAGUUCAUGUUCUCUAAAAUUGAAGAACUAAUUUUAGGAACAUUGGAGAUUAGGAGUAGAAUAUAUUGAGAGAAAGAAAGCUGUCUGAGGAGAGACAGAAGGGAUCCCGAGCGGGUUGCCAACGACUCUGUCUUUUUCAGGGACUUUUUAUAGAGUAAAACCAUGGGUUCAAGGUGGUGGAAGACAGGGAGCUCACAAGGCAGGUAGGCAUAAGGUGGUACAUAACUAUAGUUAGCCAAUAAGAGUCAAUAAGAUCAAUAGUUCAAAAUCGAUUACAUUAGGAACAAAUGGGGGAGUCACAUAGAAAGCGGGCAUUCCUUCAGAGUAGAGACUUCUCCGGGGGAUGCAACCAUUUAGGGAAGCAAUCCUCAGGAUAUGGGUGCAUUUGUUUGAUCUUUUGUCUUGAGGUCUGGCCCACAGCAGGAGGCCUCAGUUUCCCCGCCAGCAGUUUCCUGGUAUCUGCACUGGCUCCAUUGAGGACCUAGCCCUGUCUAACCGCCUAUAUUUCUAACUAACUCAGCUGCCUGCAACAAUAUGAGUAAACAAAAGAUUGCAUAGUCACACGUUAGCCUUCAGAAGGAAAAAAAUUCUGACACAUUACAUCCGGAAAGAACCCUGAGGACAUUAUUUUAGAUAAAACGAGCCAGUCACGAAUGUAUGAAACGCGGCUAGCUUAAGUUACCAACUAAAGCUCCCAGCCUCAAACCACGCUGUCUCAUCUGCUCGCUCCCCAGAUGCUUAGCGUGUUCCAGGCACAGCCUCUUCUUCCUAGAAACCCAGACUUUAAAUUUUUUAUUUUUUUAUCGCAGUACUGGGAAUUGAACAUGAAGCCAGAGCCUUCACACAGAGCUAUACGCCCAGCGCUUAUUUUUUAUUUAUUUUGAGGAUUCUCGAGAAAUCACUCGGUUUCUAGCCUGGGCUCAAAUUUGGGCUCUUCCUGUCUCGGUCUCCCAGCAUUGCUAUGUACCCUAGCCCCAGCAGGUUAGUCCCUAAAACAUGGGGGAGACUCAGGUCCACGUGAGAAUCCUGAAAGGGCGCCACCGAGCUCCGUCCCCCCAGGCCGUUGUGAGCCGGUUAGGGCCGAGCCUCCGCGCAGGUGUCCACCGCGGGCCGGGACCCCGCGCUGAGCGGCCUUCAGAGCCGGAGUCGCUGGACUCGGGCGCGGGGCACCGAGCGGAGGCCGGGAGAGGGAGCCCGGGGCCCGACCAGGAGGGAAAAACUAAGACCGCGAUCAAAGAAACGUGGCCGUCCUGUUGCCCGGCGAAGAACUCCAACUGGUCGCCGCUUCGCUAGCUGCUCCCGGGCACCAGAGGCACCAUGGCAGCCUCCAACGCACCUCCAGGGCUUUGCCUGCCAGGCCCCUCUUAGUACAUCUGCGCAUGCGCGAGGCUCUCACGUCCGCGGCCAAUAGGAAAGUCCCGCAUGCAUUCUGGGAAACGAAGUCCGAGCCCUGGAUCGCUCUGUUUGCGCCGGCGGGGGCCAAUAGACUGCAGGCCGCGCUUCAGGGCAUCUUGGGUAGUGUAGUUCUGUCGCUGAGAAGAUCGGCGGGACGCAUAGCAAAAGUCAAUGGGAAGCCGCCUUUGCCACGAUGCUUCCUGGGAAAUGUAGUUCCCAGUGAGACCGCGGAGAAGGCGAGCUGCUGGGCCGAACGGGGGACGGAGGUGGCACGGGGUCCCUGCACCCCGGAGACAGCUCUGGCCAGCUCUUCCGGGAAGCUCUCCUUGCCUGCUCCAGGCCCCAUGGAGCCCCCCGCACCCCUAUCCGUGAAGCAGGAGGAGCCAGCCACUGAGGGCCCAGGCCCAGGUGCAGAGAUGCCUGACCCACCAGCGCUGGACUCACCAAGCCCAGACUCCCCCUGGCACCGCUUCCGCCACUUCCAGCUGGGCGCAGCACCUGGGCCCCGAGAGGCACUGGGGCUGCUGCGUGCGUUGUGCCGCGCCUGGCUUCGGCCUGAGGUGCGCACCAAGGAGCAGAUGCUGGAGCUGCUGGUGCUUGAGCGCUUCCUGAGCGCCCUCCCUGCUGGUACCCGCGCCUGGGUGUGCAGCCGGCGGCCCCGCAGUGGGGACGAAGCUGUGGCCUUGCUGGAGGAGCUCUGGGUGAGCCAGGGACCCUCGGCCUCCCCAGAUUGGUCGACAGUCAUGAGGGCACCUCAGGAUGCCACAGGAAGUGCUGGGCUGGGUGUCGGAAAGGAAGAUCUCGGGGCUGUCCCCUUCGGAGUUGUGGGCCCCGGAGUGGAGGUGCCGGCGAUGGGAGAUGCCCGGGCCGCGUGGCCGCCCAAGCAGGAGCCCGAUAGCCCCCCACCCGCCAACCCGGGCACCCCUGGGGCCCCCUGCCCUGAGUGCGGCCAGACUCCUGCACGUGCGCAGCGGCCCAUACGGGAGAAGCCACACGCCUGCCCCGAGUGCGGCAAGGCCUUCCGGCGCAAGGAGCACUUGCGGCGCCACCGCGGCACGCACCCGGGAGCGGUAGGGACGGCGCGGCGCCACCCGGCCACGCGCGAGCGGCCGCACGCCUGCUGCGACUGCGGCAAGGCCUUCUACUGGCGUGAGCACCUGGUUCGCCACCGCAAGACGCACUCUGGGGCGCGGCCAUUCGCCUGCCGGGAGUGCGGCAAGGGCUUCGGGCGCCGCGAGCACGUGCUGCGCCACCAGCGCAUCCACGGCCGCGCUGCGCGUGCACAGGGCACCGUGACCGAGGGCGGCGGCGCCUUCCCGCCCUGGCCGCUCGGGUGACCGCUCGCCUACCCCUCUCGUCGCGCCCUCUCUCCGCCUCAACCCUCACCCCGUCCCCUGUCCCAUGCGCCCUCACCCCGGCCACAGGGGAGCUGUACGGAUCUCCCCAGGACAAAGGGGCAGACAUGGAUGGCGGGGGCUCCGCCCAUAGCACCCAGAAAUAAAGCCGGCGCGCAGUGUGCCCGCAA